UGCUGUGCAGCUGGGACUUCAGCAUCUCGAACGAAAAGGCCAUCCAGAACUUCCAGAAGAAGAUGUUUGUCCAGAUCAAGGAAUCCUUAUCGGAAGUCAGAGAGAGGACUGUGUUUACUGCAUCAGACAGUCUGAAAAAUAUCAGCGUCCAUGUUGCUGCGUGGGUCCUCUACGUGGGCCUGGCCUUUGUCUCCUGUACUGCUGUCUACUUCAUGUCUACGUAUAACCUACAGAUCGUUGAAGUGGCUCUGCAUGCAAGAGAUCUGGAAUCCGAGGCCUUUUUUCUGCUUCUGCCCAUCUUGGUUUCGUUCAUCAACAUGGUGGUUCCUCUGCUCUACGGACUGAUUUCCAGAAUAGAACAAUACGACAACCUACGUGCAAAGCUGUACGCGGACCUGGCCAGAGAUGUCUUACUUAAGAUGUCGAUUCUGGGAAUCCUGUGUUACUACUGGUUGACAGAUGUGCCCAGUAAACUCCCAUGCUGGGAGUCUUUUGUGGGCCAAGAUGUGUACCGAUUGGCCAUCGCUGACUUCAUGUUCAGUGUGCUAGGAUGUGUCUUUGGAGAGUACCUGGGCAGCUUGAUUGGAAACAAGUGUAUGAAGAGUCUAAGACCACCUGAAUUUGACAUUACCAGGAAUGUUCUAGAUCUGAUCUAUGCUCAGACACUGAUUUGGAUUGGGGUCUAUUUUUCUCCUCUGUUGCCAAUCGUUCAGAUUGUGAAGUUAUUCAUCAUAUUUUACAUGAAAAAGGUGAGCAUCCGUCUGAUCUGCCGACUGUCUACUCGCCCGGGGCUCGCCACUGAGAUGAAAACUGCCUUUGUGUUUUUGCUCUUCUUCCCCUCCUACAUUGGAUCUUUGUUCAUAGUGGGCUACAUAGUGUGGAGUCUAAAGCCCUCUGCGCACUGCGGACCCUUCCAAGGCUUGAAUACAGCCAUAGAUGCCUUGUCCUCUUGGAUGGAGGCCGCUGUGGUUUCCCCACACAAGCUUGUCAUUCAGGGCAAGCUCUUGUUAUUGCUUCUCUCAUCGAUCAUGCUCAUCAUCCUGUAUUUUCUCUGGCAAGUGGUCCAGGACCGGAAAUGGCUCAUCAGCUCCCUGCGCGAGCACAUCGUCAAUGAGGGGAAAGACAAGGCCUUCCUGCUUGUGAGACUGCGCAGAGUGCAGGGAGGCUCAGGCAGACCUCAGGUCCGUUUCCUGGACGAGGAGGUAAAGGCUGUCAGAAAGUCUACAUUCAAAGUGGCGCCAAGCAUGGUUAGAGUAAAGCCAAGCAGACCAGCAGCAGAGCGUACCAGAUGGGCCUCAGCCCAGGCCCUGACCCCAGUGCAGCCCCCGCCUGCGGCAUCUCUAAAGCCUCCUCAACAGCCGAGGCAGAAGCCGGAUCAGAGGGAUAAGGCUACUCGAAGGGGCCCUUCAUCAGCUGGCAAGGACCAGAGCUCCCUCAACCCAGAAGCAGGGAGUGCAGGCACGGGGAGAGUCAGUCGGGUGGAGUGCUGGGUGGAGGAUGAGAGGCCUGACCAGCCAAGCCCCUCCCCAGCUCCCCAGCUAGCCUGGGGCAGCACAUCCAGAACACCCCCGAGAUUCCCCAGACUAGAGCCUAUUACCCCUCGUGAUGCCCAGGCGCCAUUGCCAGGAACUGUUCCUGAAAGCCCCAAACACUCAAAGAGAACUCACAAACCCAAACACUGACAAGAAUCUCCGCACAAAAAAACAGAAUAGGGUUCACUGUUUAUGUCAAAUAGACUACAUAAUCUGUUUA